AUGGGGUGCGAGGAAACCCAACCAUCAAAGAAGGAAAAGAAGGGUUUGAGGCAGGUCUGGAAAAGGGUCAAAGCCGUGUUCAAAAAUAAAUCCAAAACUCCCACCGAAGCUACAAUUACUACACAUACAAUACCAUCAACCGUACCAGCUGAACGCUCGGCGCCCCCGCAGCCUGAGUCUACGCCGGCAUCAAAGUCCGUGCCCGCCACGGUGCGGCCACCGAUUAUUGAAGUGGAUGACACGACCAUGGGCACAUCUCCUGUGACCCUCGAACCUGCGACACCUCACGCACUUCCGAGCCAGCUGAGCACUGUAUCGCCGGACCCGCAAGACGAAGCACCGAUGCAAUUCGGCAAAGCGCAGGCAAUCUUUGCCAAAUACAAUCUCGAGCUCAGUCAGGCGGAUUGGGGCAUAAGGCCCAGACAGCCGCACGAAAGAGUAUCCAAGAACAUUAGAAUGAGAGUCAAAUAUACCUGUCAUAACUGUGCAACCACCUUUGGACACGACAGAGUUUGCGUAGGGUGUCAGCAUCGUCGCUGCGCCCAAUGUAUCCGAUAUCCGCCCAAGAAAAACCGACCGAGGGAACAUCCGAGGGAACGACCGACACAACCCGGUCCUCCCCAGAAUCUAGCCGCACCACCUCAUGCCGGUGCUCAAGGGGCAUGCCACGAGUGUAGGACGGGAUUGGAACCGGGUGUCCAAGAAUGUCCCAACUGUCAUCACCAAAUAUGUGACAGAUGCCUCCAAGAAGCCGCCAUCCCUCUGGACCAACCUCCUGCGAAUCCGGUCGAAGCGACGGCGGCCGAAGAACGGACCACUGCUCCGGGCUAG